AUGGAUGAAAAAUUAUCUCUGUCUACAUUUUUGAAAAGUUCGAUUGAAUCUCCCACACCUGGACCUUCAAGAUGCUCGUCUCCAUCCACUUCAUCAACUUCUUCGGUAAAAACUUACGUCACAUUAAAGGAGAUCUUGGACUCAAAUGAGGAAGGAAAACUUUUCGCAAAUAGCCAAAAAGACUCUACAUUAACGGACAAGACGCGUCAGAUCUUGAUUGACCUGAUUUGUUUAUAUUUUAUUCAUAAUGACAUUUACAUGAGUACGUCUCACUGUCUUCAUUUAGCGGAUGAUAUUUUGGAACACUUUCCAUCCGAAGAAAAAGAACUAUAUUUUCGACACCAACAAAAUAAAGCUCCAAAAGGCAAAUUGCAUAUUAAGUACCAAAAUUUACUACGUAAACUCCGUGAUGGAGGUUUAAAACCAAAAAGGCAAAAGAAGAACACCUCUGGGUCGUUUUCUUCAGGCGGCUUCACCAAUAUUGAUUUCCAUUCGGAAGUGGAUGCCAUGGAGCACAUAAAUUGGAUAGAUGAUGAAAAAAGUUCUUGGCGUGAACUAAAAGAACGAUGGCCAAAAUGUGUCCAAUUCCGAAUGAACUUUAUUUUAAGAGAGUCACAGACAACAACCGAAAUCAUUCAAAGAUUUCCUUCUUACAAGGAGCCACUAGGAUACAAAUUGGUAUACAAGUUCACAGUACUGUAA